AUUGGGCGGUAACUCAACUUUUAUCCACGAGGGACGAUAUACACUGAUGCAGGCCUUAGUACUUGUAUGUACAUACAAUACAGUACAAAAUGUGGCGGAUGAUUCGUUCGGCCAAAGAGCCGCUGCGGGGUUGAAUCCGCUUUUGCCUGAUGCAUUGCCGAAAGCAAAAACGUGGGGGGGGAGGAGUUCAUUUACGAUGGAGAUGUUGAUAGAAUUGGCAGUUCUCCAUAGUCAAAGCACUGUUAAUCCGAGCCACGAGACCUAUAUUGGUGCAUUCAAAGUUAUAUGAACCCCACGUUUGCAUUUUGAUGUUGAUUAACUGAGGGGUGGCUGCUUUCAAAAGUGGACGUAGUGGAGUGAGUAUAGGAGCGGCGUAAAUCCUACGGCUGAAGAUAACUUAUAUAGAUGGGAGAGGGUUAUUGUUAUAUAGUUCCCGUUUCUCCAGAUUUUUCCUUCUUGGUACCGGGUAUCUUUCCUCAUGAUUCAAAUUGCAACACUGCAUCGAACAGCUAUAGAACUAUAUCUAUAUCGUUUGUUGUUAUCCUUCCCUUGAAGUAUCCAAGAGUAUAACCAUCUCCAAGCUCGCCAUGACGGAAGAUAACAAGUCCCUUCACGACCUCAAACCAGUCGUCAUCCACCAACCCCUCCUAAACAGCAUCCCCCCCAAUCUCCUCCCCCGCUUCGACCCCGUCUACGUGGAGCACUACAACCGCCACAACGUCGGCCGCUUCCACACUCACCAAGUCCCCAUCGAGGACUUCCGCGCCGACCCAACCAAAUACCUAAUCUCCUACGGCCGCGCCGCGGGCCCGGACGUGCAUAAGAUCUCCGAGCAUAAAUGCCCCGUCAAGGGGGGCAAGAUCACCCUGCGCAUCUUCGAGCUCGAGCCUGUGUUGGGCAGCGACGGCAAGCCCAAGAAGAGGGGCGCGUACGUCAAUUUCCACGGCGGCGGGUGGGUGUUUGGCGGGUUGCCGGCGGACCACGAUUUUUGCAAACGCGUCGUGCAUGACUUGAAGGGGGGUGUUGUGGCCGUUGAUGUGGAUUAUCGGCUUGCGCCGGAGUUUAGGUAUCCGACUGGUAUUGAGGAUUGCUGGGCGGCGUUUAAUUGGGUCCGUUCCAAAGCCGAGGAACUGAAUAUCGAUAUCAACCGGAUGGGAGUGGGCGGUGCUUCAGCAGGCGGACAUCUCAGUGCCGUCAUCUCUCACAUGUGCCGUGACAAUGGCUAUCCACUCGCGUUCCAACUCCUUAUUGUCCCCGUAACAGAUAUGCACAGCUCCUUCACGCCAGAGGGCAAAUUCGACCGCGAAAACACGCCGUAUGAAUCAUACCGCGAGAUGGAAUUCACCGCCGCAUUGCCAGCCGCGCGAAUGGCAUUCUUCCACAAGCAUUUCCUGGGUGUCCCUCGGCCGGAGAAAUCAGCGGAUGACUGGAAAAUCUCCCCGAUAUUUGCGCCCAACUUCUCCGGCCUCGCACCUGCGCUCGCCUGGACGGUGGAGAUGGACCCGCUACGGGAUGAAGGGGAGGCAUAUGCGGCAAAGCUCAAGGCCGCCGGGGUCGAGGUGGAGGUUAUUCGAGCUCUGGGGGUGCCGCACACCUUUUCCCAUCUGGAUGAGAUCCUGGAUGCAGGGAAGAUGUUUAAUAAGAAGAGCAUCGAGGCGCUGGGGAAGGCUCUGGGGGGGUGAAAAGAAUUGGCUGGAAGAUAGUAGAAGAUGGUCCGUUUGUGUGGAGUAUAGAUGAUGAGCGCGCAAUUGCAGUUUAAAUUGAGCCUGGUUUAGUUAAUUUAUUCCAGUUUUUGUUGAUUGGCAUCCUUCAAUACUCUGGUAUUGUAUACUUGUCUGGCCUGCCUUGAAUCUAUGAGGAGACUCAAAUAUAAAACUGGCUACUCGUAGAUUGUUCGUCCAUCUUUAGCUUAGAGAAACGAAACCCCCUGGAACCUCCUAACCAGACGCCCACUGUUGUUGGACACUGCUCAGAGCUAAACAACGGGAGUUAAAAGAUUCGCUUUGCCAUGAAUGCUUUCACACAACAUUAAUGUCCAUCCAUGCGGUACAUUGUACCCGUGGACAGACAAUGUACGGGUAGUUUCAACAGCAAUUGAUUGAAGCAACAAGACAAAACUGAU